AUGAAAAAAGCCUAUUUCCAGGGUAAGAUGGAAUCUCUGCUGUUGCUUUUCAUCGCUGUCGCUGCUUUUGCGAGUGAGUUUUUCAUUUCGAAACUUUUUUGAAGGUCACAUUUGAAAAUAUUCUAGAUAACUCGAAAAUUUUGAAAAGUGUCUAGUUACUUCGUCCGAGCUUCCCCGCCUAAAUUUUCAGGGCGUCCGUGUUUCAAACAAAAACAGAAAUGUUUCAGACACAGUAGAAGGAGCGGCGAACUGCUCGGUGAGCGGCGAGCUCUCGUGCUUCUCUUGUAUGGGCCGUGACAUGGAGAACUGCCGGUCCGGUCUGACCUGCUGCAAAGGCGCCUGUUUCAAGCUGCAGGACCUCGGUCAGAACAUUCCACAUUCAGCUGCGCUCUAGUGAACCAAUUCACGCGCCUCGUUUAUUAUGUUUCGGUGCGAAAUAAACAAGCAGAGAAGUGCUUUUUCUGGAUUCAUAAGUCAUGCUCUCAACUAACCCGACUAACAAAUCGAUCCAUCUUUGACACGAAUAGAACACAAAUCCGGAAAUUCGCCUCAACUAACCGGAUCAACGUUAUAAAUGCCAUUCAUAACUGAACUAAGGAAGCUGGAAAGAUUCGCACAGAAUUUCUGAAAUAAAACUAAAAAGUUUUCUCAUUGGGUUUUUUCCCCUUUUUAUUUAUUUCUUCGUAUUCUGGUUAGCAUGGCUUCUGAUUCAGAAAAUUUCCAGUUGCGUAGAGCUUUCUGCGAAUAUUUAGAGCAAAAACUCGCUAAACCGUGGAAAGAAACAAUUUCCUUCUAGAAAUUGGAUUUUCUUGCAGUGCACAACGUGAUGGUCAAGGGAUGUGUGGACACAAAGGAAGAAGACGCGUCGAUGAAAGUUCGGGAGCUGAAUGUCCCGCUCUACUGGGCCGACAACGAGAAAGUCAAAGGUUCGUCUUUUAUCAUUACCAUAAAUUCGUUUAGGGCAAUCUGUAUGAAAAAAUUUAUUGUCAUUUAACGGUUUCAGACAAAAUAAACUUGACACCUCCUUUUACUGAACUCAUUCUUCGAACUUCUUUUUUUGGACAUUUUUUUAAAAGCUUAUCCUUUCCUCGAACUUUUUUUAAUGCAUAAAUAAAAAGUGAAACAAAAAUAACUCAGCUGUUGUUUUUUUAUUUUCAGAAAUUGUCAAAAAAACAGGAAUUUUUUUGUAAAUCGGAGGAUUAUUUUAAUUUUAUAUUUGAAUCAACAUGAAAAAAAGUGGUUUAUAUUACACAGCGAGAAUCCAUCUUUCCAGACUGAUGUAACAAUAAAGAUUUCAAUAAAAGCUUUCAGGUGAAUCUUUUUUCUGCAACAGCAAGGAUUUCUGCAACAGCGCCCUUCGACAAGACAUUUCCCUUAUUUUCGCGGCGAUUUCCCUCGUUUUCACUCAUUUAGUGCUUUGA